GUUUUUGAGAGCCAGUUCUAGCAUUUUCUGCUAGCUUAUUCUUUCGUCUAGUUUUUAGGUUUUCAGUAAUGAUAUUUGUCUUUUGAAGACAACACGCUUCCACAUUUAAAAAGUAUUCAAUGUUUGAUAACAUCUCAGAUAUUUCCUCUUUUUAAGCUUUUUUAUUGGAUGUGAUUUCACACGAAGAAUUUUCACGAUGAAAAAAAGUUUUCGCUACACGAGUCGGGUGCCGAAUAAAAACCUUCACAUUGAUCAUGAUGAUUUCCGUGAGUUCGAGCCUUUCGACGGAGAAACCGAUCUCAUUCCAAGAUCGGCGCAACCUGGAGUUGACGCACUGUUGGUGGUGGGCGUCGACAUGCGGAAGGACGUCAAUGCGGCGCACCACUACACCGGCGAGUACAUGACCAACCUGCUGGUGGUGCGCCGCGGCCAGCAGUUCAUCAUCGACGUCUCCUUCAGCCGACCGGUGACGCCACAGGACGACUUCCAGCUGGAGUUCCUGAUUGGCACCGACCCGGCGGCCAACAAGGAGUCCCUGGUGGUGGUGAACUUCGGUAACCAUUCUGGUGCGGCCUGGGCCGGUCAGAUUGUUGAAGCUAGAGAUACGGUCGUUUCCCUCGGUGUCACGGCGAGCUCCAAGGCCAUCGUGGGCUUGUACCGGAUGUACGUGGCUGUCGCCAUGGGAAACGGGAUGCAGCGGACCGAGAAGGACCCCAACACCAACUUUUACCUGCUGUUCAACCCUUGGAAUCCAGAUGAUGAUGUUUUCUACCCGGAUGAUGCCGGACGCUCUGAGUACGUUCUGAACUCAACUGGUCUGAUUUAUAUGGGAACACCGGACCAAGUGACUGAGCGAGGCUGGGUUUACGGACAGUUUGAGGAAGGCAUUCUGGACGCCUGUAUUUACAUCAUGGACGCCUGCCGGAUGUCGAUUCAUAACCGUGGUGACGUUGUGAAAAUGGUUCGCACUGCAUCUGCUUUGAUCAACUCCCAGGACGACAACGGAGUGUUGAUUGGGAACUGGAGCGAUGACUUCUCCAUGGGGACGCCGCCAACGACCUGGACAGGAAGCGCCAGCAUCCUGCAGAAGUACCACACCUCAGGAGCGCCGGUGUCGUUUGCUCAGUGCUGGGUGUACGCCGGCGUCCUCAACACCUUCCUGCGAUGCCUUGGGAUCCCAUCAAGAGUCGUCACCAACUUCAACUCAGCCCACGACAACACGGGCAACCUGAAGACCGAACUCAUCUUCAAGCCGGACGGCACGCCUGACAGACACAAGACCCAGGACUCUAUCUGGAACUACCACUGUUGGAACGAGGCGUUCAUGAAGCGAGUCGAUCUUCCACCAAAGUACUCCGGAUGGCAGGUGGUGGAUGCGACUCCGCAGGAGACCAAAGACGGAUAUUUCCGUUGCGGUCCAGCGCCUGUCAUUGCCAUCAGGGACGGUGAGCUGUGUCACCCCUUCGACUGUGGCUUCGUCUUCGCUGAGGUGAACAGUGACCUGAUCCACAUGAAGAGUGACAAGUAUGGCAAUAUGACUCCAUUCAAGGUGGACACGACUUAUGUUGGAAAGCUCAUUUACACCAAGUCACUGAGCGGUUGGGGACCUGAGGACAUCACAGGGACCUAUAAGCAUCCAGAAGGAAGUCCGGCAGAUCAGCAGACCAUGGCUCUGGCUGAGCAGUACGGAUGUUCAAGAGACAGAUCCAACUUCCCUGCUUCCAAGCUGUCCAUCCAGAUUUCAGCUCAGGCGGGCUAUGUGGGCGAGCCUCUGAGGGUUUCAGUGACUUUUUACAACCAAAGUGAGGCGAUGAAAUUGGUGAAAGUUCACAUGGAGAUCAGCCCCACCUACUACACCGGCGUGGUCGCAUCAGAUCCACUGAAAGUUGAGGACUUCAGGCUUCGUCUGGACGCCUUCCAGAGUAGCAUUAAGAUGUUUGAGCUUUCGCCUCAGGAGUACAUCUCUUAUCUGGGCUCUAACAGCAGCCUGGAGGUCACUGUGACCGGACAAACUGACGAUGUGGAGGUGUCAGAGGUCAAGACCAUCGCCCUGAAGCUUCCACCGCUGAACAUAACACUGAGUGGGCAGCCUCAGGUGAAUCGUGACAUAUACGUCAUGGUUUCCUUCACCAACACCAUGGGCUUCCCCCUCACCGGUGCCAAGCUGGCCAUGGAGGGAGCCGGACUGCUGGAGACUCAGGUCUACAACUACAGGACGAUUCCUUCUAUGGGCCAAAUAUCCCGCAAGGUCGGGUUCAGACCGACGAAGCCGGGACUCCAGACUCUCCUGGUGGUGCUGGACUGCGACAACCUGCCCGAUAUGACGGCAAUGGUGGAAGUCAAGGUCGUGCCGUGACCUUUGACCUUUCAUCCAGUGAGAAAAAGCAACAAAUUCUACAAGUUACAUUCAUCAUGAUAAUUUUUCUGUCGUGAAAUCAUUUGAAAUUGUUCUUAAAAUCAACAAAAUGCGUAAAUCAAACUUCAUAUUGAGGAUCAGUGUUUCCAGUAUCAGGUAAUCCAUCAGCUAUAAUCGCUCUGUGAAGACACAAAAACAUAAACCUGAAAGAUUAAUUUAGUAGUUAAAUGAAAGAAGCUUCAGAUGGAAAAUUGUGUAAAUUUGUUCUGUAAUUUAAUCUUUAGCUCAUUUUAAUGACAUUUAAAAUUAAAAUAAUUAAAAUUCCCAUUUUUGUCUUUAAUUUCAGAGAAAAUUUGACCAACGCAGCCAAUUUCUGAUUAGUUACUGAUUUAUUUUGGGCCUGUUUCAAACCGUUAGACACAAUUUGUUCCUGUCUGUCUGGAAACUGAACCUGUGCAUGAAGUUUUACGAUCCUUGACCAAAUCAAAUGUGGUUUUAUCCUUUUUUCUGUUUUCAUAACAAUAAUGACACUGUGUACUAACAAAU